AAAAAAAACAGGCAGUGCGCAAGCAAGCCAGAGCGUAAACAAAGCGCUGCUGCUGCAAACGGAAAACAUCCAAAAAGGUGAACGAAAUUCUACGCUGUGAACGUUUCCGCCCGGGGCCCGUUCGACGCCAUGCCGCCUGUAAAAACCGAUGGAGACAGCGACGGGGACGGCGAUCUGUCCGGGGCCGAGUCGGAACGGUCCGGAUCGAGCCAGGGGCAGGACCACGAUUCCAGCGCGGAGGAAGCGGAUGAGCCCGAUUCGGACGAUUCGUCGGAAAUGUCCGAGGGAGAGUGCGAACGAAGGCGCACCAACUGCCAGGACAAUCUGACAAGCCUGGAGAAACAGUUCGCCAUCCUGAAGGAGCAGCUGUACAAGGAGCGGAUGGUGCAGGUGGACCACAAGCUGCAGCAGAUCCGGGGCGGCCGGUUGCAGGACUACUUUGUGCCGCUGCAGCAGCUGCAAACCAACAUGGACAGCCGGAAGGAGGUCGCGGAAGUGAUGAAGAAGUACCGCGUGAAUAACGUGAAGAACAAGUACGAGGGUGAACUGCAGGCCUGCUACCAACACUUUGAGAGUGAGAAAAACCUCGCCAUAGACGCGAUCAGCGACGAGCUGAUGGAGAAGGUGCGCCGCCUGGAGGAGGAUCGGCACAAUGUGGACAUUUCCUGGGCGGACUGGGGCACCAGCACCCGCACGGCGAAGGUGCGUGGCCCGGGCCGCAAGAAGGCGGUAACCGUGUCCGGCCCGUACAUUGUGUACAUGCUGCGGGAGGAGGAAAUUCUCGACGACUGGACGGCGAUUCGAAAAGCACUGAAACGAUCGACGGCGGCCGCUACCUGAUAUUUAUCAUAGUAAGUAUUCCAAACGGAGGAGAGUGUGUGUGUGUAUAGGGCGUAGGCGGUAAAGUUUUGAACGGCCCGUAUCGGUACGGUCUGCGAGUGUAUUUUCUGCAAUAAGCAAUCCUGCUAAAAGACUUAAGGUGUGUACAUCGUGGAAAGGAUAGCGCGAUCAAUCAUGAAUUUCUUUUUUACCUUGUAUUAAAAUUAAUAUGAAAAAUCGA